UGACGUUGUAACAUCACGUCAUUUGGCGCCCGGCAUAUCUUACUGUAAGAUGGUUGGGUUGUACGUCGUCCUGCAGCUGUUGGCGUUAAGUUUUGUGACAGGUUAUGAAGGAAACCCACGAAAUCUUCUUGUGCUUUUGGAAAACGUCUAUUUAAAAGAGACUCAUUCGGACUUCCUCAACUUACUAACAAACAGGGGUUACAACGUGACUACCAAGCUUGCUGAUGAUCCAUCCCUGUCACUCAAACAUCUGGGGGAGUACAUCUAUUCUGGAUUGAUACUUCUGGCACCAUCCGUCAGUGAGUUUGGUGGCUCAGUGAACGUUAAUCAGAUUAUUGACUUCGUUGACGAUGGAGGCAAUCUAGUUGUGGUUGCAGGACCUAAUGUUGGGGAGUCCAUUCGGGAAUUAGGAAGUCAGUGUGGAGUGGAGUUCGACGAGGAGAAUACUUUUGUUAUUGAUCAUUUUAAUUACGACAAAAGAGACAACGGUUUACAUUCGCUGCUUAGUGUACCUGUCAGCAAUUUAAUUAAGAGCGACGUAAUAACUGGAGGCAGAGUGGAUUCCCCGCUAUUAUAUCGUGGGAUUGGUAUUUCAGCUGAUCCAGCUAAUCCACUUCUUAUCGGUGUUUUGCAUGGCUCAAAGACAUCUUACAGUUACAAUCCAUACAAGCCAGUUACAGACUACCCGAAUACUGUUGGGACCAACACUCAACUUGUUACAGCUUUACAAGCGAGAAACAACGCCCGUGCACUCUUCAUUGGUUCUUUAGACUUCUUGUCAAACGCGUUCUUCAAAUCUACUCUUGAAACAGAAUCCAAAAAGGUUGUUGUUUCAGGAAACGAAAAGCUUACUGACGGCCUACUGCGAUGGGUCCUGGGUGAGCGAGGUCAGUUACGAUAUACCUACGUUAAACAUCACCGUUUGGGUGAAACUGAUCCACCUAGUCAGUAUACAAUAAUGGAUCAAGUUGUUUACACAAUCAAAAUAGAAACAAAGGAUGAUAAUGGAAAUUGGAUUCCUUUUCAUGCAGAUGAUGUUCAGCUGGAGUUUGUGCGAAUUGAUCCGUUUAUUAGGAAGAAAAUGCAACAUAAAGAUGGUGAAUACAAACUUGUUAUGAAGUUACCCGAUGUGUAUGGAGUGUUCAAAUUUGUGGUCGACUAUUAUCGCAUCGGUUACACACAUCUUUUCAGUGUUAUACAAGUUCCUGUUCGUCCAUUCACUCACACUCAAUACGAGAGAUUCAUCGUAUCUGCAUAUCCAUAUUACACUAGCGCUAUAUCAAUGAUGGUGGGCCUAAUACUGUUUAGCUUUAUUUUCUUGUAUUAUAAGGAUGAUAAAGAAAAAGGUGAAUAGGCAAACACUUCUUUUUGUGAUACACGCAAUGAAGUAAUUUUAAUUUCGUAUACAUGUUUUUUGUCUUUUUUAUAUGGUAGCUAGCUACAACUUCUGUACAGUAGGCAUUCACUUUUGUUGUACUAAUUUAAAGUAAUAUUUGAUUGUUUUGUUAUUCUUUUUUUUCACUCUCGCCAUUUUUGUACACUAUACAGAGGUUUCUUUAAUAUAAAAUUCUCUUAUCGUUCUGUAUUUACCUGCUUAUAACAAGGAGAGGAGGGUUAGGGUUGGAACGAAA